UCCAUCUCAAAGUCGUCGUCGUUGGUAUGUCAGUAGUGGAGUUGGUCGGCAGAUGUCAGAAAGUAAAGUUGAAUAAGUUGUUUCUAAAGUCGUCAAAAUCAGCAGUUCUGUUAAUUACAUAUAAUCAAAACCUUUAAACAUUAUACAUUCAUAUAUCCUACUUGUGUACAAUACUCAAUAAAACACUGAUAAUAUAAAAUUAUCUUACAUGGGGGCUCAACCUACGAAAGUAUACAUGUGAUUACGCACACAACGAUAAUGAUGAUGCGUUCAGCUAAAAAGAACAAAAAGCAAAGCGGACCAAAUGAGAAGCAACAAAGAGGACAGCAGAAUAAAGAAAAAAUAAAGGCUGAUGAAGGAAGGGUAAAAACGGACGAAGAGAAGACACCAGAGGCGAAAACAGGAGAAGCUGUCAAAAUGGACAUAAACAAAACUUUUUUUGUCCCAUUUGACGAAAUAGAAGAACCAGAAAAAAAAACAGAGAGCGAACAACAUGUUGGGCUUCGUGGCGCAAGAACAGAAGUCACGAUCCACCACGACGCAAAAUACUCAAAUAUCAGCGCGGAGAUGAGCAACAACAACGAAUUGAGUGAGGUGCUCAAACUGCUGGCAACAAAAAUUACACAAAACGAUUCCAGUAAAAAUAAUAUCCCAAUCGAGAGCUUUUCUAAGGUUGUUCCUGAGUUUGAUGGAGUGUCAAUUCCAAUUCAGCAGUGGAUAAAAUGUUUUGAUGAAAAUGCCGACGCCUACGAAUUGACUGACAAGCAGAAAUAUGUGAACGCUCGUAUAAAAAUUAAGGGAACAGCAAAGUUAUUCCUGGAGACCACCACUGUGUCGGAUUAUCAUACGUUGAUUGGAUUGCUGUUGGAUGAAUUUGACAAGACCCUGACCAGCGCUGAGGUACAUAAGCAGCUAAGCGAACGAAAGAAACACGAAAACGAGAAUUUUCACGAAUACGUCUUAAAUAUGCGAAAGAUAGCUGCUCUUGGAUGUGUAGAUGAUUAUGACAAAAUCAGCAGUGGACCGCAAACAAGCAGCGAAAAAGUAUGACGUCGGUAAAGCAGGAACUCUGGGAAAACGAUUUGACCAGAAUCAAAGGCAUUGUUUCAACUGUGGAUCAACGCAACAUAUGAGAGCCGAAUGCAAGGAAGAUACUAAGUGCUUUAAAUGCAACGGCAGUGGACAUACAUCCCGUGAUUGUCUGGGCUUAAAACCAAGCGUCAAUAUAA